UCAAUAUUCCUAGAUGUAGGCAGCGCCGAGCCUCCGGUGUAUUUCCAUUCGCUUUCGUUCCCCAAAAAUCUAAUAAACCCACUCGUUUCUCUCCAAGCCAAGCCUCCUAACUCGGGCCUUCCCGUUCUCUCGCGGAGUCUCUCCCACUCCCACUCGCAGCCACUGUGACGAGGCCAAUGGCGACAGGUCUAGAACAAAGACUUACAGAAGAAGACAAGGAGAGGGAGGCCCUAGUGAAAGAGAAAAGAGGAGAAGAAGGAGAAGGAGGAGGAGGAGAAGAAGAAGAAGAAGAAGCUCCUUCACACCUUCCCCUCGCCCCUUCUUCUUCUGAGAUAUUUGAUGUAUCAACAACAGUGGAUCCCAGUUAUAUUAUCUCUCUCAUAAGGCGCCUUUUGCCAUGCAAUACUAGUGUGGAGAAACAAUGUCAGCAGAGAGAUGAUAAGGAUUCUUCUGUCCAAGAACCCGAUAUGAAUUAUCUGGAGCAAAACUUAAGGAAUAAAAUGAGUGCUGCACAGGUGCUCGAGGAUCUUGUUUCAGAUAAAAGUUUGGCUUAUAGUUGUGAAGAGAAGCUUGAUCACCGAGCUAUUAGCACAGAAAAUUCCCUUGCUUCUUCUAAGGGCAAUGGGAUGAACCAUGAAUUUGGAAGGGAAGAAAUAAAUGGUGGUUUUGAUCAUGAGCAAUCUGUAGCUGCAGAAACAAAAGACCCAUGGGAAGAUUGUGGCUGCACCCUGUGGGAUCUUUCUGCUAGUAGGACUCAAGCUGAAUUCAUGGUGAAUAAUCUCAUACUUGAAGUGCUUCUGGCAAACAUACGUGUUUCCAAAUCUUCACGGGUGACAGAAAUUUGCUUAGGAAUCAUUGGGAAUCUUGCAUGCCAUGAAGUUCUAAGCAAUGCGAUAGUUUCUAAAGGUGGUUUGAUUGAAACGGUUGUUGAACAGUUGUUCCUAGAUGAUUCCACUUGCCUUUCUGAGACAUUCAGGUUGUUAGCUGCUGGUCUCCAGGGUUGUGGGUCCAUUUCUUGGGCUGAAGCCUUGCUACCUGAUCAGAUUCUUCUACGUAUACUCUGGAUAGUUGGGAACACAUUAAACCCUACUCUAUUAGAAAAGAGCAUUGAGUUUUUGUUGGCCAUCAUUGAUAACCAAGAAGUGGCAACCAUUCUUCUUCAACCUUUAAUGAAGUUGGGUUUGCCAGAUCUUGUCGUUAGUCUAUUAGCAUGUGAGAUAAGCAAAUCAGGAGAUGAUAGCAGACUGGAAAGGUCCUCCAUUCUUGAUCUAGUUCUUCGCUUGGUUGAAGCACUUUCUGUUGUUGAUAAUUAUUCACAAGUGAUAUCUUCAAAUGAAGAACUUUUCCAUUUAGUUUGCCGCGUGGUCAAGCUUCCCGAAAAAUUUGAGGCUGCUAGCUCUUGUGUUUCCGCUGUGGUCAUAAUUGCAAAUCUUUUAGUCGACAUGCAGCACCUCAUCUUGGAGCUUUCACAUGAUUUUUUAUUUCUACAGGGCCUGCUGGACAUCUUACCUCUUGUUUCUGAUGAUUUGCAAGCCCGGAAUGCACUUUGGUGCAUCCUUGCAAGUUUGUUGGCUCACAUUCAGGAGAGCAAUAUCAGCAUAUCAGCUCUGCACCAAUUUGCGUUGCUUUUGUUGGACAAAUCUUACCUUAUAGAAGAAGACCUGGAAGGUCAUCCACUAGAUAAAGUAGGUGAGGACUUGGAGAAUUCUAAUGCUCUCAAGAAAUCAGAUGCAUCGGCCAUUUCUAUUAGGAGAAUUGCCAGUUUAAUAGAGAAAUGGAUGGCAGAAAAGCCUUCUGUUUUGGAGAAAGAUGUUGCAGGGGCCGACGAAAAUGAUGGCAAGGCUCACAAGUUGCUGAAUUGCUGUCAGAAGUAUGGUCUAUAGCUCAUUUCUUUGUUCCCGUCAUGUUGCAAUUUUAACCUUGGCAUGCUCUAACCUUUGUUUUUUCUGAAUGCUAAUAUAUGGCAAAUAACAUUGUAAAUUACUCCAAAAAUGAUGGCCAUUCCCACACCCUUUUUCAAGAAAAAAAAAAAAGGAAGAAGAAAACCUAAGAUUACUUUUGGCGUUGUGG